AAAAAGGUUGACUUGUUUGCAUUGGCCUACGGUUUUACGGAUGCAUCCUAGCGACGUGAAGUUAGGCUAGAUUAUUCCGCAGUGUUUGUGCCGCUGGGCGGUUGUGUUUCGUGAUAUCAGGACUCAUCGUUACCCAAUAAUUGUACACAAAUCCGAAGUGGAGGCGCUGUCAAUAACUCGAGGCUAAAAAGGAAACGCAAUUUCAAAACAUGUCAAAAAUUUUAAUAGUUGCUUAGAAUUUGCCACUGUAGGUGUCAAAACCGUCAGUCACGCAUCGCGCGAGCAACGCUUACGUCAGCGUCUUUCGUAUUCAGCAAUCAUUGGAAUGCGAGGCUGCCGGGUGAAGUUUAGAGUCGGCAGGAAGAUGUUCAAGAUGACUUCGUUUGGUACGAUGAACAUUUUAAUGGUUUUCUGCAUGUUCUAUUCUCUGUGUUUCGCCGAGAAAGGUAAGACGUGGUAUACUUUGAUUCUAGUUCAUGUUAAAACCACUCACAUACGCGAUAUAGUCGACUCUAAUCUACUUUACUUCUGACGCGAAAUGUAACACUUUUAUGCUAGGCGAUUGUUGAUCUUUAUUUAAACGCUGUUUUUCAAAAUACCAUCUAUUUGAUAGUUUGGUAUACUGCCUGGCAUUGGUAGGUUUAAAAUGGCGAUGGUACUGUACCGUAAUAGGCGAAAUCGUAUACAAUAUUCAUAUGGGAAUGGAUGCCCUUCAACUGCCAAAUAUCGCACGUGUAUUAGUGUUUGGGAAGUCUGUAUACUACAUUGCUAUACAUUUAAUAUCAAACGCUGUGGGGCCAGAAGUAACAAAUUUAUUAUAUCAAUAUCAUCACUAUUCGAGCUUGGGGUUUAAUCGCACUAAAACGACUUCAAUACUUUGCCUUGAAAGCCAAUAUUAAUAAAGAUACCCCCACAAACGGAAAUUGUGAACCCAAUAUUGUCUGUAUUCUAAAAGUAGCCGAAGUACCCUGUCAACAAAUAAGCCCCAAAUAAUGCUAUAUCGAGUUUUUGCCGAAUGCUAUUCGAUGUCAACGCUCUAGUGUCAUUACAAAACAUAGUAACACUGACAGCGAGUUUGGUCAAACAUUUUGUUUGGAUAAUGAAAGAGCAGAGCGAUUGGUCAUUCCAAUGGAUUUUCCUAGCUCAAUCUAUAAAUCUCAUUGACGCCUAUUCUAUAGGUUAACAUUAUCGCCUCGUUGUUAAUGAUUAUUGUGUAUGAAUCUAGUGUAAUCUCAGCUUUUCAAAAGUAUAAACACAAAAGGCAUUGCAAUAUAUUAUCGGUUAUUUGCGGUCACUGUUUUGUUGAGGCGAAAUUAAUUGAUACCAUCCUUCAAAAUAAUCAGGUUCAAAAGAUUAUAAGAAAGUUCUUGGACUUCAAUGUGCGGUCUUAAAUUGCGGUAUUUUGGCGUAAAAGAGGACUGCGAUGUCCAUCUUUAAUCUUUUGAACUAUGGUGUAUAGUUGUAUAAAUUAUUUUGCUUACUUUUUUAAAAAUCUUCAGACAGUAAUUAAUAACGGGUCAACACCGUAUUAAGAAUUUGUUGAUUGCUACGAAUGUUGUUUACAUGGAGGGAUGGAAACCAGGCGUCAGUAUUUUCGCGGCAAACACGACGGACGUGCGUGUGUGUAUUUGGCGAUUCCCACUCUUUUAGAAUUCCCCUGACAAAACUAAUAACGAGGGAACAGCGUUGUGCCAAAUUCCCGUUGUGUAAGCAUUGUAUAUUUAGUCUUAUUUACACAGCUGGCGCCAUGAAAAUUUGCGUUCUAAUUCCUGAGUUUAAAAUGAUUUCCUUUGCGAAUUUAUUAAACUCUGUUGGAAGAUGGGGUCUAAAAUAGCCGAGCUUUUAUUAAACGCUGUGGCUUGAAUUAUAUAUGCUCAAAACGACCUAGCAGGGCGUUUGUUUAAAGGGGAAAAUUAAAUGUAAGAAUCUAUACAAAGAAUCCCUAUCUCUAUUCUGUUCAUUCAGUUUCGGAUGACCUUGGCAGAGCAGUUAAGUGGCUGAAAGGCUCUGAUGUUCAUCGGCUACAAAUUCUUACUAAUUGCGACAAAACUCGUUCGGAAUUAUUUUUAUCUCGUUUCUUUUACAUUUCAUCGAAUCGGACGGAAUUAUACUUGAUUGAAUUGCGGGUUUCAGAUGUCAAAUAAUGUACACAAGUUAGUCUAUCAAAACUUUGUUCUAUUAUUUACUCCGGCAGGUUCUAAGUAUUUUCAAAGUGCCUAGUUGAUGAUGUAUUUUGAUAAACAAAAGUAAAACGCGUCUCUUUGACGGUGUAGUUAUAGAAAUAUUUGAAAAUCGAUUGGUUCUUAGACUAAGUUGAUAAGUUCAUGAAUAAAUUUAAUUUCAAGGUCGCGCCACCAACGGAGAAGAAAAAUUACACAAUUUGUCAAGUAUUCAUAAAUUAUUAAGGACGGGAUGGUGAACACAAGCAAAACAACAACCGAUUUUUUUUCGCGUGAUUUUACGAAUGCGUCGUUUAGCGCAAAUUGUGAAAGUUAAUUGUUACUUUGAAAUACGAGUUCCGGCAACUUUUGAAAGACCAGACAUCUAGCAUCUUCGAAAAAUAAUUAGUUUUGAAUCGAAUUUUUUUGCGCGAAAGGCGUUUCAUACAGUAUCCGUUUGAAACAGCAUGCGUUUUUUUGUGUGGUUAACGACGUGAAAUUCUUAGAGUAAUGGAUAGCCCCAACUCUGAUGAAUUUUUCAUCGAUCCUAACAUGGUUUUAAGCAAUGCCAAUAUUGUGUAAUAAAGUCUGUCUGUGGGAAAGUAAAUAGGCUGCUUUCUUUAUUAAACAGAGAUACGUAAACACAUUUGUCUGAAAAAUGUAUAAAUUAAAUCGCAGUAUGCUCUACCACUGGCAAAGAGAAUUAUCUGGUAUUAGCAAGUAUAAGUACAUAUAGUUAUAGCACAAAGGAAAGACCGAAUGUUCAUAAAAACGUCUGCCACGGCAUCUUCGUCAGCGUGAAUAGGAUUACAGAUGAUUUCAUAUUAAGAAUUUCAGUUGACGAACACUUUCCGACGUUUCUUCGUGAUUUCCGAAGUUGGCUACGUACUUCGUAACGCACUUACGAACUUUGUAGCGAGUUUGUUGCGAACUUUGUUGCGAACUUCCGAACUUCGUAGCGAGAAGUUCGCAAGUGCGUUCCGAAGUUCCGACAAUUUGAUUGGUUAUUACAUGACGAAGUUCCGACGUUCGUAGCGAACUUCGUCUUCGGAAAUAAUUUUGGGGUUAGAUUAUAUUAAGAGUCGAUACACAUUUCGUGUAGAUCUACAAAUACUACAUAUAAAGUCAAAAUAUCAGAGACAAAGACUCAGUCAAACUGUUUCGAUUUUUUCCGGGUAUAUAUUCAACAGGCUGGCCGACAACACACUAGCUUUCCUCUUCAGUUUUUCCGCCAUGAAAUGGGAACUAGAUUAUUCUUAGUUUUGUUUUUUAUAGCAUGUUCUAAAAAUAAAACCAACAUCUUUGGUCAGUUUCAACCUCUGGGAACGAGGUUGAUUAAAUAGAACCUGCUGCUUACUUGCUCUUCAUUUUUUUCGCUAUACUACUUGUUGACUAUACUAUAGUAAGACAAAUAGGGCGCCCAUAAGUCGUAACAAAUCUAUAAUAUGUAUUCAAACCUGGCGUUGCCCUUGACUUGCCCUUGGACUACCGAUUUACAAGAGUCGAUCACAGUUCUAUAAUCCUCUAUAUGAAACAGGAAGGCUUAAAAAGAUUGAAAACGUUAAAUUAAACGAAUCUGAUUUUCAGCCGAAGGCAACAUCACGUUUUGAAUUCUUCUAAUACACAUCAAUCAAAAAACAAAUUAUAUGGUGGACUUUAAUACAGAAAUUUAAUACUUUUACUUUCUACUUUUUUGUUUACACUAUUUUGCUAAAAGUGCCAGUCAGCAGGAAUAAUCAAUGAUUAUCACUUUCAGUUUGAUUGAUAAAUUCCUUUCGACUUUCGCAUUCGUCAUCAAAUUCUUCCGAGAUGCCAACUGGCAUUGGAGUUGUAGAUGAGAUAAAAAAACCCAUACAAGUAUCAAUAUGAAGUUGCUGGUUUUGAAGAUUCUUUCAACAGACUGCCGAAUGAAAAUGUAAAAAAUAUACAACCUCUUUCAAACACGUUUUAACAAAGCACAAAUGUCAAAUCUUCUACAAAAGCGUGCUGGUCAAAAUUUGAUUACGCUAAUCUUGUUAGUGUCACCAGAACUGUUUCGCACGUUGUCAUUGUUGAAAAUGAGUUUCGUUUUACGUGUACAAGACAAGUAGAUAGCGUAUUUUUGUUUCACAAGUUGUAGUUUUGUGUCUGUGCCAGUAUGGGUAUAGUGCCAAUAUAUUACAUAACAAGUUUUUCGUUUAUAGGCAUGCAACUACCAGAAAAAAGGUAGAGAAUUCCGACUUUUCGAGCGAACGCCCUUCGCCUGGAGUUACCAGUAUUUGAAGUAUUGGCUACUGCAUGCAGACGAAGGUCCUUCGCUCGAAACGUCGAAAUUAUCCUUUUUAUUUUCAGGUAGUUACAUCCCUACCAUUCUACCAACGAAAACUUGUUAAUUUCCACCGAUGUCUGUACAUUCUGGUCAUUUUUCAUAAAUAUUUACUGUGACGGAAUCAGUGACAGUGUACAUUACAAGUUAUUACUUCUCCCAAUUUUAAUUCGUGUUGCGAAAUUAGUGGAUUUCUUUCAUCAAAUUCGUAUGUGGCAAUGAAACAUAAUUGCGGUUGAAAUUCACAAGCAGUGACAUGUAAAUUCUUCGUCUGGUGCAUUUUUAAGCUGAAAUCUAAUCAAAACUAAUAAAACAUGCUAAUAUCUUUUCCGUCCAAAGUAAUUUUUCGUAAUAAAGACCCAGCAUGGAUUUGGGAGGCUUCUUAUUCUUUCAUUAUUGGAAUAAGGUGUCUGUUAAUUGUGAUGUGACGUGAAGCGUGCUAUCCAAUUAAGUGUUGGGUAUAUAUUGCAUUUAUUUAUGUCAUAACAUUGGCUUAUUUGAUCACAAACUGUGUUUGAGAUUUAGGGGAGCUUUCAAUCCCAUUUUUCCAGCCGAAAUUGUGUCUCAAUCCCAGUCAUCCGAACCAGGACAGGAAAAACAACCUUUUGAAUUCAGGGAAUUGGUUUCGAAGCCAGAUGGCAGAAUAUUUAUGAUGAGGAGGGAUUUUUAAAUCUGUCACAUUCCUUACGAAUCAAAAUUGUUACGUGUUGAAAUUAGUUAUACUCUUAUGCCAAUAUCUUCCUCUACGUGACUUGAAAGAUAUAGCUACUCACACCCCUUCUGAUGAGGUUUAGACGUUUUUUAAACGCAAUUUUAAUUUUAACAACUUUAUUGGAACCACAAUAUAAACAGAUAAAAAACAAAUGGCCCAAAAGGGAAAGUGCGAACGGGACGGUAACAACUUUACGACCCAUGCCCAUCUCCCUCACAACAAUAUAGAAAAUAUGGACGACACAUUGUACUAUAUAUAUCACAAUACAAUAAACAACACACAAAAAUAGCAAAACAAUCGAACAGAAGCGAGUGAUAAAUAGUAGAAUGACAUAACUCAUAAAACAUCGCGGAAUAUCAUCACUCGCCUCUGUUUGACAAGUCCGCAUUAACGAUUACUUGAUUGCCUACAAGGCAUCGACAAGUCAAAAGUUCUAUUCAGCUCCAACUUAAACAAGUCCUUAAUUGACCUUUUAAAGAGCAAUAAACUAGAGAGGUUUCUCGGAGGAGAAACGAGAAUAUGGUCUUGUUCCAAAGCUUGACGAUGCGGUUGAAAUAGGAUGACUGAAAGAUGACUGCAAUAUCAUGAGACUUGAGGUGGUCAUCUUGAUAUGACCUUGUUAAUUAUUCACUGUCAGAUUUCAUAAGGAAGAGAGGCCACCAAUAACUAUUAUAUAAUACCUUAUUAAAUUCUAAUCGUUUAAUUGGCUGUUUAUGGUCACGUGAUAUUGAAUAGAAAAUUCCAUUUCCCAAGAGUGCAAUGGAACGUUCCAUUGCACUCUCCGCGAGUGCAAUGGAAUAAAACGUAUAGUACAAUUGCACUCUUUGUGUUUUCGAUAAAUCGCAUCCCUCAAAAUGCUUCUCAUACGAAUCUAUUAGUCUGUUCUGGACUUUUGGUAUUAUAUAAAACAAAUAAUGAAUGUUUCUUCGUGCAAUGGUAAGAAUAUUUUCAUUCGGUGAAAGAUGGAAUGUUCCAUUCAACUCGGCUGUCGCCUCGUUGAAUGGAACAUUCCAUCUUUCACCUCAUGAAAAUAUUCUUACCAUUGCACUCAUAAACAUUCAUUAUUUGUAUAUUAUAUAAUACCUUAUUGAAUUCUGAUCGUUUAAUUGGCUGUUUAUGGUCACGUGAUAUUGAAUAGAAAAUUCCAUUUCCCAGGAGUGCAAUGGAAUACGUUCCAUUGCACUCUUGCGAGUGCAAUUGUACUAUACGUUUUAUUCCAUUGCACUCAGUGUGUUUUCGAUAAAUCGCAUCCGUCAAAAUGCUUCUCGUACGGUGAUCGCAGUUUCUUUUAACCCGAUAUUCGAAACUCAGUAAAUGGGAUUUAAUGCAAAUACGACUCGUCAAAAUGGCGGGAGCUUACAGUAAACCUUUUAAUAUAUUAGUCUAUUUUGGUAUUAUAUAAAACAAAUAAUGAAUGUUUUUAUUCGUGCAAUGGUAAGAAUAUUUUCAUUCGGUGAAAGAUGGAAUGUUCCAUUCAACUCGGCUGUCACCUCGUUGAAUGGAACAUUCCAUCUUUCACCGAAUGAAAAUUUUCUUACCAUUGCACGAAUAAACAUUCAUUAUUUGUAUAUUUUUAUUCCUAUCACUGACCAAAAACUUUAAGAACCUCUCCUAACAUGUCAGCAACACCACUGUAGAUUAGUGGUGGUCAUGCCAAUAAGUCCACCAUUGGUGUCAUCUAUGCAUAGCAGAUUUUCUCUAUCCAGCACUAGUUUGGAGAUCAGUGCAUCCGACUGAGUUGCUAAAUCCCAAUAUCCGAAUUCUAUGUCCCUCUCAGUUUUCCAUCCUUCAAUAAUAUAUGGUAUCAUGUAGUGUCACUUAGGACCAUGUCUGCAUACCAUCAUUAUUCAGCAUUAUCAUCACCUAACACCAUUUAGGAUCAUCCAACAUCAUGCACUAUCAUCUACCAUGUUCUACCAUCAUCUACUAUGUUCUAACAUCAUCUACCAUGCUGUAACAUCAUUAUCUACCAUGCCCUACUAUCGUCUACCAUGCUCUACCAUCAUCUAUCGUCAUUUACGUAGCCUGUGUUCAAGUCCAUUACAUCUACCAUGCUUUACAUCACCUAUCAUCAUCUACCAUGCUUUACAUUAUCUACCAUCAUCAUUUACCAUGCUUUACAUCAUCUACCAUAGCAUCAACUUCUUACCAUCUUCUACCAAAAUCCACCAUACCUACCAUCAUCUAAAAGAUCAAAAAUUGCGGUUGCCAUAGAGUAUUUUAAUAAUAAAACACAAAACAAUAGACACUUCGAAAAUUGUAAACAUUUUUAAUUCUUUACGUUUCGACUAUAAUUUAAGUCAUCUUCAGAAGAAUGCCCAAAUGCAUUCUUCUGAAGAUGACUUAAAUUAUAGUCGAAACGUAAAGAAUUAAAAAUGUUUACAAUUUGUGUCUAUUGUUUUUUGUUCUAUAGGAUCAUUCAGGCUCAUCUACAGUCACACAUCAAUGUCGAACAAAAUAGCGAAUAUUUCACGAAAAAUUCUUGAAAAAGGACUGACUUGAAUUUUCAGACCUUUUAAAGCCUAUACCGUUGUCAAUUACUUAUGAAUUACGGCUCGUUUAAUAACAGAUACUGGGAUGACCAUGCCCCAAUAGAAAAAUUGUAUUUGAGAGUCCACCCUAAGCAUGUUUUAUUUUUACACAAUUUUUUAGAAUUUAUAAAUAAAGGCAAUCUUUGGGACAAUGAAAGCAGUAGUGGAGGCAACGAAGAUGGAAUUGGCGUAAGUUAAACCACUGGAUAUUGUGUAUUCGAAGAAAUAUUUCAAAUCCGACUAUGAGGACUGGUCUAGAUUUCAAGUCCGAGGAGAAGCCGAGCACUGGCUCAAAAUGCGAGGGCUUGAAAUCUAGUCCAUUCCAAAUUGGAGGAUUUGAAAUGACUUCUCGUACGAAUAGAUCCAUACUUAAAAUGAGGUGAAUUAAUUUUGAUCCAGUCCAAGGACUGAAUUUUGAUCUAGUCCUAGGACUGGAUCAAUAUACCUCAUCAGGUAUCCAGUAUUGUCAUGUGAGCAAAACAAAGCAAUAUGGUUGGCUAAUUUACACAUGAUUUGAGAUUCAGGGAUGUUGGGUGCACCAGCGAACUUAAUCUGGCGUUAUUAUUGAAGUUACCUUGCCACUAUUGGUAUUCGCCCUUAUUUUUUACUGAAACCAAUGAUGAAUUAUCAAUUUGGUACUGAUGUUUCACGUGGUAUAUUACUGACAGUUGACUCGAACAUUCAUUGAGUUUUAUUUUGUUUUUAGUGGUCUGGAAAUGGCAACACUAAGUUUGUGUGUGCUAUAAAAAACGAUGCCAAACUUCCCAUGAAGUACAUAAACUUAGCGGAUGCGAGGAGAGUUUUUGUUGAAAUUGACUAUAAGUUAACAAAAAAAUUUAGCAAAUCGGGCGGUUUCUUCCUUUUAUCAAAUUUGAUGGUAUCGGAAAAUAGUUCUGAGACGAAGAAUGAUGAUAAGCUGGUUGUAAAUAAACAUCGUGUGAGUAACGCUGAAACGAAAAACCAGACUAAAGCAACUUUACAUUAUGAUCUUAGCGAAGACGAUCACUUCAUGAAUCUGACUUUGUACGCGGUUGGAGCUUGUGUACAAGUGUUUAAGAUUAGAAUUUACUAUUACGUCUGCCCGACAAAUGAAACGUUAAUGGUGACCAGAACCGCAGCUCCAAGUACUGGAUUCCUUGAAGCAAGUGCGAACUGUUCAAUCAAGCAAAGCGGAAAAAAGGGAUCUGUGGUGGUGGCAAAGUGUGGUAGUGAUGGUGAAUGGAGUAAGGUGGAGGAUAAAGAGGGUGGUUGUACGAAUGAUUGUGGUGCGGGUACUGAGCUUAUUAAUGAUACAUGCACAGGUACGGUAUAGAGGUCAUCUCGAGCUGUCGGUGCCAUUGUAGGUAGCGACGGUAACAGGACACCUGUGGAUUGAGGGGGAUACAACUACCUGAAAAUAUAUUGGCAAAAUUUCGAAGUUAUAUUUUUCAGGUAGUUGUAUCUUACUUAUGCCGGAGCUGUCCUUUGUUUACUUCGAAUUUGGGAAGUUAAAUAAUAAACGAGCGCUUAAUUUUCGUAUUUCAGUUUGUGAAGAAAACUAUUUCAAGAAGGACAGAGGGACGCAUGCUUGCAUUCCUUGUCCUAAAAAUACUGUGAGUGAAAAGAGUGGUGCGAGCUGUAAAUGCAAGGAACGUCAUUAUUCCGAAAAUGGUCUAUGCAAAGGUAAGAUUUUUCGAUGGUAUUGACAUCACUGAACUGUCUUUUACGUCUAGAGCAUUAUUGCACACGUAAAGAUCGCGCAUCUUGUUGGGAAGAUCUGUUCCCAACAGGCUUGUAGCAAACUUGCCAACAAGUUGUAAUAAUGUUGUCAUCUUAUCAAGUUGCUACCAGGUUGUUAUUCACAACUUGACAAGUUGUUGAAUUGUAGGACGUUAACAUUAACAAGUUGGAACAACUGAGUGUAACAAGUCUGUUGUAGUUUUGUUGAGCAUACACUCUGUAGGAAGUUGUCAACAAGCUGUUGACAACUUGUCAACAAGCUUGGAACAAGCAGUACGUCCCAGACAGUAGUUUGACAUAAUAUUUCACUUUAUACUUUCUUGCUUGCACUUUUAGCUAUUCCAUCAAGGCCCAAGAACCUACGUUACACCCGGCUCCCCUUCAACACGAUCCAACUUCACUGGAAUAUAUCGAAAAACGACACCGUUGUCCAUCCAGACCUACAUUUCAGUGUGACCUGCAAGGAAUAUUAUGAGAUUAGUGGUGAUUGGGAAAAUUGCAGAAAUCUAUCUUUGGGAGAACGUGGCAUGAAUGUGACCACCUCACCCCUGGAAAUCGGACGUCUGAUGAAUAAUACCAACUAUACUUUCAGUGUGGCUGCAUUCAAUAACGUCAGCGUUCAUAUUAAGGAGGAAUGGAAUGUAGCAACUAUUGAUGUUUACGUAGCUUGGAAUGCUGUACCGGCGAUCCAUGCUCCAACGGACGUCGGAAGUGCGAACAUCAAGCCUGGUAAUUGCUGAUAUUGUACACAUAAUUUUUGUAUAAAAAAUCUAUAUAUUCCAGCCAUUAUUAAACGUCUAAUGUAUUAUGAUACAAAUUGAGUAGUCGUAUCGCAUGAGAAAAGCUGAUAGAAUAUUCUGUGAAGCUACGUUUUGCCUUCUUCCUCCUUCGUACUUAAUUUUGUACUUUGUAUUUCUUGUUGUUUUAAUCUAUUUACCUUUUGCUUUGUUAAGUCACAAGUAAAGAGAGCACAUCGGCAAUCCCCAAUCGUAAUACACCUGAAGUUACAAGAGAAGCAACGCCUCCGACAGUUCGUCCUAGUACAACGUUGUUUUCUACUUACGGGCAAGAGGGGAAAACGUCUGCACAAGAAAGUUCAAAUUCUCAGCUAGCGCCGUAUAUUGGUAUCGCCAUUGGGGCUAUCUUGUUUAUUCUGGUUCUGAUUGCCAUUGUGAUUUACAGAAGAAGGUAUGUUUUUACUGGUUUUGAAGUUAAUCUUCUAUUGAGAUGAUUACGGGAACCACUUGAUAAAAUACAAAACAAUAGAUAGUCCGAAAAUUGAAAGCAUUUUGAAAAAUUUAUUUCGACGUUUCGACUAAACUAUAGUCAUCAGGAAAUGAAUGAUGAUAUUACAUAUGUACAAGUAUAUAUAGUGAAGUAACAAGAUACGAUUAGUUAAAUAUUAACAGAUCUAAAGCCUCUAAAGAUCUGUUAAUAUUGAACUAAUCGUAUCUUGUUACUUCACUAUAUAUACUUGUACAUAUGUAAUAUCAUCAUCAUUCAUUUCCUGAUGAUGACUAUAGUUUAGUCGAAACGUCGAAAUAAAUUUUUCAGUAUCUAUUGUUUUGUAUUGAGAUGAUGAUUGUUAUAAUAUGUGUUUGUGUGAGGUGUGUUUCACUGCAUGUGUGAUGUGAAGGAUUACUGUGUAGGUGCAUCUGUAUGGAUUAAUAUGGAAGAACUAAUUCAUUGAUCUGAUGUUUUUCAUUCAGAAAACGUAUCAAAAAGAAAACAUUAAUUGAUAAUGAAGAAGGUAAUAAUCGAUGAUUAUGUGGAUUAAUAUGUGAAAGGAACAAAUAGAAAGAGAGUGCACUAGUAAGAGGGUGCAAUAGAAAGAGGGUACAGUGGUAGAAAGAUGAUAUAGCGAAAAGGAUGGGAAGUUGAGAAAGAAAACAAUACAUGGAAUUCAAAUAAAAUGGGGUGUCAAUGAUCGUGUUUUAUUUUGUAGGUUAUUCGAUGAAUACCAGUCCGCAAGCCUAUGUAGAUCCACACAAAUAUGGCAAUCCUGAGAAAGCAGUGAGAAAAUUUGCAAAGGAAAUUGAUAGACGUGAGAUAAAAUUGGAAGGACUCAUCGGAGAAGGCAAGUUAAAGUAGUCACAUGUGUUUUUCUCGCUAGGAAAAGGUUGCAUUAAAAGUGACGCUUUAUAAUUCUACAAAUAAAAUAGUUUCCCUUCAAAACUCAAUGGAUUCAGUAGGAAUAUUCUUUCGUUUGUUCUGCAUUUCACGUAGAACGCGUGCAAGUGCUGUUUUUACCAACCUUGCAUAUAGAAAAAUAUUUCACUACCUUUUCCCAUAAGAACCAUAUUAUUUACUUGAGUUUGUCAUCAUGUAGUAUGUCUGUCCAAAACCACCUCCUUAUUUUAACGACGUUUCUUUUUACAGGUGAAUUUGCAAAGGUUCACAAAGGAAUGUUAUGCCGCCCCAAUGAACCGCCAGUUCCUGUUGCUUUGAAAGUCCUAAAGGUAAUUUUACCUGACUUUGUAAAGAAUGUAAAGUAAUGUUUUCUGUUCAAAACCAAGCCAUGGAAGCGUACUGUACUAUUCUGUAGUUACUGUUGAAACUGUUCCCCCACGUGCGAGGUAUCUUUAUAACUCUCAACACUUGAAUGUUUCCAAAUUGUUUCUGUAUGAGUUGUGUAAUCACAGGAAAUGUGCAUUUAUUCUAGCCUGGUUCCACUGCUAAAAACCGUGAAGACUUUUUGACUGAGGCAGCCGUCAUGGGCCAAUUCAAAGAUCUGAAUAUCGUUGCCUUGGAAGGAGUUGUCACUAUCAGUAAGUGGAAUAUUUGUGUCGUUAACAGGGUCUUAGCUAGAGGGCCGUGUUGGCCGUGUUAUCGCGGCCAAAAGUGGAAAAACACGGCUAGAUAAAAUGAACGCGGCUUCACUAUUUAUAUAAGGCCGUGUAUAGGUUCAUAAAAUAAGGUGGUGCUACUUACAACAGACAGAAUUUCUUCCUAUUUACGUCAAGAAAGUUUGUAGAAUCUACUGUUGUUGUUGAAUUGGCAAAAGUGAUCCGUGAUGUUUUAAUGUUUUGAUGGAUAAUGGGAACUGUAUGGUGUUAAAAUGGUUUUAAAUACCCCCAAUAGUUGUUGAAAUUAUAACUUAAUUGUCAGUGCGCAAUAUGAGCGUAUGCUCGCCUUGUAUUUGGUUGCAAAGCAUAGAACAACCACAGGCAUUGUUGUUGGCGAGCAUAACUAGAGCCAUGAUUUUGCUAUUCAAAGUAAAGCAAUGUGCACGCCCUGGUCAUUAGAAACACGCCCAAGAUCUAAAAUCCUAGCUAAGACCCUGGUCGUUAAUAUGUUACAGAACUGCUUAUCGUUUUCUAGUAUCUUCAUUUCGUGUUGAUUGCAAUGAUACCUCACUGCUUGUCGUUGAGCUAAUUCAGUGGCAGUUAGCUUAGCAAUUUGGAGGUUCCGGUUUCAAGUCUAGGACCUUUGAGAUUUUCAUGAAAUACAACCGCUUGUACAAGUAAAACUAACAAGGAUAAUCUUUUUUGUCACACAGGUCAUCCAGUGAUGAUAAUAACGGAAUUCAUGCACAAUGGCGCCCUGAGCGAUUACUUGGUUGUGAGUAUAACGCGUUAUCUACACUUUUAACGUUGUAUUUUGUUCCCAUGUCGAAGUAUAUCACAUAUAACCCACGUUUAUCCUUUUUUUCUCUUAGCAAAACAAGAAUCGGUUCUCGGAGAUCGAGCUCCUUGUGAUGGCCAGAGGCAUCGCCUCCGGUAUGAAGUAUUUAGCAAAGAUGCGCUUUGUACAUCGGGUAAGUUUUUAUCUUGCUUUUGUUAUUUAUUGUGACCAAUUAUGAAACAAUGUUGCAUCGUUUUCCUUUCUCAGGAUCUCGCCGCACGAAACGUGUUGGUAAAUGAGAAUCUGGUGUGCAAAGUCGCAGAUUUUGGAUUGACCCGCGAGCUUGAGGAGUCUUGUCAGGGAGAAUAUGUCACACAGGUUAGUACCACAGCGAACUGAAAUGGGGAAAGGGUGUCUGAGGGCAAGAUGGGAGAUGGAAGAGCAGGUGGAUGCUGUAAGGGUAGGGCGAUAUCCCAUACCCUUCAAAUGUUCCAUAAAUCAAUGAAAUUUUAAGUGUUAGACUUCAUUACCAACUACAGUUAAAAAAAACUUACCCGUGCGGAUGGUUAGGUGCAACAAGUUAACAUACAUUUGGUUACACUGCACUUCACCAUGUAGUGAUUGCGAGUGAACUACCUGACUGCCCUAGUCCUGGCUUUCUACAUCCGCUUGCCUCCACGUCAUUGUAGAAUGAAGACCACACCAGGCGUUGCGCGCGCUGUUCCUUGGUUGAUAUUCCUUCGAUAAAGUCCUAUUCUAAGUCCAAUAGUUUUCAAAAUACUAACCAGAUUGCUCUUUUUAGGGCGGGAAAAUCCCCAUACGUUGGACCGCGCCCGAAGCUUAUAAACACCGUCGCUUCACGACGGCAAGCGACGUGUGGAGCUUCGGGAUUGUCUUGUGGGAAAUCAUGACAUAUGCGGAUAGGCCAUAUGGUGACUGGGACAACUACAUGGUAAGCCAAGCUUCAACUUUGAUAUUUUUCUUUCGAUUUGUUCUUUCACUUUUUGCCUUCACAUUUGAAUCACAUUUGGUAAUGUUAUUUUGUUGUCAACAUUCGUUCAGGUGAUGGACCAAGUGACGGCCAACUACAGACUGUUUGCUCCAACGGUAAGUGAAUACCUUUUAGGGACUAACGUUAUUUCUAAUACUUGCCAUAGAGCAGUAUUGGUGAGCUCAAUGAGAACAUAAAUCUCAUGUAGAACAAAAGCGUAUACAAGCUCAAUUUUGAACACUAAUAAUUGCCAUAAAGUAAUAUUGGUGUGUUAAAUGAGAACAUAAAUCUCAUGUAGAACAAAAGGGUGCAAGCUCACUUGAUUAUGAGCACCAACACUUGCCAUGCAGUAGUAUUGUCCUGAAACGGAAAAGUUGUCUUCAUGAACAAUGCCUUCCUUUGGUGUUUAGAAUUGUCCAAAGAUAGUUCAUCAGCUGAUGAUGGAGUGCUGGAAGGCAGAUCGAAGUCAGCGUCCCUCGUUCUCGGAUAUUGUGGAGAUGUUGGAAAGAUGGAUAAGAAAUCCAUACUUGCUGAAGGAUUAUCAAUACGUCACAGAAAAGUAUGUGUAAAAAUAGCUUGUCGGCCAUGUUCCACGAAGCAAUCUUUGUUGCAACUUUUAAAAUGAUUUCCUCAAGUGAAUUUUGAAACCAUCAUCAGGGAAUAUAUAUGAAAACACUCAUUGUGUUUAUAUUUUUCAGGGAUCGUAUGGCUGACCGCAAAUCUUGUGUUGCGAAGUCAAUUCGAGAUUACUUGGAAGCCAUAAAAAUGGACCGUUAUAUCGACAAUUUUAUCGAUUUCGGUUAUACAGAACUUUAUCAAAUUCAACAUAUGACCGACAGUGACCUAGUUGGCAUCGGCGUUCCUCUGAUUGGUCACAGGAAUAAAAUCAUCAAAAGUUUACGUGGUGAGAGAGAACUUUUGUUACCAGUAGAUGUAUGAUGUUUGGUACUUCGUAUGGUGACAUGUGAUGGUACUGUUUAACGUACAGUUCGUGUGAGAUACCACAUCGUGUAUAACUUCCUUCUGUAUGCGAUCAGUUGUGGUGUGUGCCGACCACUUUAUGGUUUCCAAAACAAUGGUACUAUUGGAGUCAAUGGUUAUAUGUACAGUCAAAUGGUUCUGAUGUCCAUGAUUUUCAAAGUAAAUUUAGUUCUUAAAAGUUAAUGAACUUUUUUACUUAAACGUUCGGUCACACGAGUUGCAGGGACUGGUCGUGGGGACGAGAUUUUCGAGUAACCACCGGGGAUUUGUAGUCACGCGGAGUGACAUUUCCAGGCGACAAGAACUCUAGUUGUCCAACUGACGAACUUUGUCCACGCGACAAGAUUUUCGCUUAUGUCACACGCGAUGUAAUUUGUCAAUGCGGCCAGCCCUUCGACUUGUCCCCUCGUGUGACCGAACCUCUAGAGACUUAUCAAAGCAUGUUUAUGCCCGCUGUUAUCUAAUUCACAGAAUGGAACACGUAUUUAAGGUGGCUCUCUAAAUUUUUUGAAAAUUAAUAUAAACAUGGUUUUUCGCAUUAAACACUUUUUGGCUCUAGAGAAUUCUUUAAACUCGUUCAGAUAAUCUAUAAAAGUAGACGAAAAUGUUUUAUGAAAUAAAAAAUGGGGAUAACAUUAACAGGCACUUCUCGAGUGAAGUGCAUUACAAACCAAAAGAAUGGCCAUAUACAAAUCGCCGUUGUUACCAUAUCAACAGUAGUGUCGUAAUUGUUCAUCCAAUUUUCGACUCUUAGAAUAUUUAUAUCAGGUCUGACAAUGUUUGUUUUCUAACAAGUACCAUUUCUUCAAAAAGUUUAAUCUAACUCGUGAAGUUUUCAUAUUUCAGAAAAUAGCAAGGAGCCAUCUUAAAUUAUGCGAAUAAAUUGGGUAUUUGCGGGCUUGGAUGUAUGAUUCAACUACCUGAACAGUAGCAAAACUACGAAGUUUCGAGACCUCUCAAGACGUCGAAGAUUUUUAUUUUUCAGGUAGCUUACGUCAUACAUCCAUACUCCAAAUGGUUUUGUUUAAAUAUUUCCAUGCUUCAGAUCCAUUAUGUUAGUUAGGUUCAAAAAGAGUUUGAAAGAGUUAAAGAGUUUACAUAUAUUUGUAAAAAUGUGAAGUAUUAUUAUAGCUAAAAUGUUAUUUAUAAUGUUUAAAACGAUAGUCCUAAUUGUAUAUCGACUUAAGGAAAAUGACAUAUCGUUAGAUUUUGGUUCAGAUUGUUGACGUUCAUGUUUUUGGCGUUGGUGUUCAUUUUUAAGCUGAUUUAGCCAUAAUCCAGGAUAGAAAUUUAACACUUGUUAGCAAGUUCACCUUGUAUUUGUCAGGCCAGUUUUGGGUUUUGCUAAAUGUUAAUGACGAAUAUAUUCAGUUGGGGUUGUCAUCGGAUGACGUUUUCCACGUCUUCUUCAAAUAUCAUUACUGAGGAUCUGAAAUUGGCCUAACAAAUCAUUGUGUGAACUUACUUUAUAAAGUAAACAAAAUGUAACAUGUUAGGAACAUUCCUUUUUAAAGCCAGUUUUAAACCAGGCAAUAACAUGUUAAUUCAACGUUGUGUUAUAUAGGGUUUUAAAUUAUCAUAUAGAGCGUAGUUUUAAAGAGAUAUUUUGAUAGCGUUUUUGUAUUUAUAAGUUAUUGUUUAUAUUUAUUUGUAAAAAAUAAAGACUAUUUUCAUAUGAUU